CAACUAAGUACUGGGAGUCGAAGCGGUGCGGGGAUACGCCGGGAAAAGCUAUGGUUGACGAUGUGAUAAAGUGUGAAUGGCUGUACAUCCAAAACUCUCCAAGACUACUACGCAGCGGCGCCCAUACCAGACUAACAGUAAGCAGUACUGCCAGUACAAAACAUGACUGUCACUUCCACGACGAUGCACCGUCAUUUUCACAGCCACUAACCAUAAAAGGCAGGCGUAGUGCAAAGGUACACCCCUUGACAGUACGCGACGUGGCUGCCACUAUUCAAAGCCUAACUUGCUACUGGUCCACAUGCCAACACAAGCCCUAGCUCACACUUUUUACGAUUAACCAACCAGCCAACCAACCACGAGCACGUCCCAUUAGCUAUGGCUACUCACGAACAAGAACACGACGACCCACCUCGCCCUUUUUCCAUCGAUCUCACUUUAGAACUCGAGCGCCAGCUCGACAAUGAAUCAAACCCGAACUCACCCGUAGAUGCCACAGGACGUCCUCAUUCCUUGGAUUCUCAUGUCCUUGCUUCAAUCGUCACCCAACUGAGACUGUCGCUCUCAGAUGUUACAAGAGAGCGAGAUGAACUCUCACAGACAGUUGUUGAAUUGCGGGCCCGCGAGGCAGAAACUGCGGACACACUUGAGCAGGAGGAACUGGAUAAUGCUCGCACAAAGAUUAAGGAUGACGAAGAUACGAUAUCCAUACUCAGGACGAAAGUCGAGGAAAGCAGGCGUGGUCUCAUGCGUCUACAAUCUGAAAAUCGACGGGCGAGUCAAGUGCCCUCAGCUCUUGACUUGUCUAGAGCGGGCAUUCCUUCCUUCAAUGGCCCGCCAUCCUCUAAGCGCGCAUCAUUGAUAGGAUCAACGGCUGGGCGUAACAAUACCCAUAAACGAAUAUCCUCAGUCUCCGACAACGCCUUCUCCAUUGACAGCUCUCAUUUGACAACCCCUAUAUCCACUCCAACUCCCGCGACUUUUACCCUUCCUGAUGUGCAGAAAAGCAGGACCCAACAGCCUUCCCACACGAGGCGGAUGUCUGGCAUGUUCGGUCGUGGGUCACCACCACAGUCACUCUUCCCUUCGGAAGAGUCUGCUGAGUUGGAAAUGCUACGCCGGGAGCUCAAUGCUGUGAAGGUUGAACUUGACGAUGUGAAGCAUGAGCUGAGUGAAACAAACGAGGCUCGCGAAGCUUCAGACACUUGCAUCAAAGCUCUACGGGAAUUCAUUGAAGAGAACCAGGUUGGAGCUGUGCCAAAGAGCCUUCCCCCUUUGCCCGCAGAGGUGAAGAAAGCACCACCACCACCAGCUGCUACUGGGUGGGGAUUCAAACUCUGGCGGGCAGAUUCGUUAACGCAGAGUCCUGUGCUGCCUUCUCCAUUCCCCGUCGCACCCGCCGCCCAUACUAAACUGGGCGACUUCUUCGGUACUCGUGCCACAGCAGCUACUGCUUCUCAAACGCCGCAACGCGUUGAACAAGAGCCAAUGUACAAUGGCAUGUCGGAUACGUCAUCCAUCGAAGACUCUGUCGCCGAGCCCAUUAGCCCCGCGAGCGAGCGUCCUCGGCCAGUUGUAUACGUACGAGAUACCACCAGCGUGACAUCUGACUCAUCACGAGAUCUUGGUGUCAAUCUUGAGGGAAAGCUACUUCCCCCAUGUGCGGACGAAGCCCUGACCCCUGUUGUUAUUUGAUUAGUGUGUAGGCGUUUCGGGCUCUUCGUGAGAGCCCUACUAGACAUUCGAAAAAUCGUUUUCUGAUCUCGCACCUAGUUUGGACGGGAAUUUCUCAAGAUCAUGAUAGAUGCACUUUUUCGCAGAUAUACCAUAUACCUCUGUAAUACAUAAGCACGAGAGCGGGGUAGGAUACAAGGAGAACAGACUAUCGCUCAAAUCAAUUUGAUGAUUAUUGUGCUACUC